GUCCCGCGCCGCCUUGGGCCGGGGCCCGCCGCCCCGCCGCCGGCCCACCUGGCGCAGCGCCGCCCUCGGAGCCCGCACACCCGCGAGCGCCCGCGCCCCGCACACCCUGCGGCCGCAGGAGGACCCGGCGCCGCCGCCCGCCAGCUCCCCGGGCCCCGGCCCGCCCGGCGCCCGUGCUCCGCCCGCCCGCGAUGGCCCCGCUCGGGCUCCUCUUAUUCCUCUGCGGCGUGAAGCAGGCGCUGGGCAGCUACCCGAUCUGGUGGUCCCUGGCAGUCGGGCCCCAGUACUCGUCCCUGGGGACACAGCCCAUCCUUUGCGCCAGCAUCCCGGGCCUCGUCCCCAAACAGCUGCGCUUCUGCCGGAACUACGUGGAGAUCAUGCCCAGCGUGGCCGAGGGCGUCAGGAUCAGCAUUGAGGAGUGCCAGCACCAGUUCCGCGGCCGCAGGUGGAACUGCACCACCAUCGACAACAGCCUGGCCAUCUUCGGCCCCGUGCUGGACAAAGCCACCCGGGAGUCGGCCUUCGUGCACGCCAUCGCCUCCGCUGGAGUGGCCUUUGCAGUGACACGCUCCUGCGCCGAGGGCUCCGCUGCCAUCUGCGGGUGCAGCAGCCGUCACCAGGGCUCGCCAGGCCACGGCUGGAAAUGGGGUGGCUGCAGCGAGGACAUCGAGUUCGGUGGGAUGGUGUCUCGGGAGUUCGCGGACGCGAGAGAGAAUAGGCCUGAUGCCCGCUCUGCGAUGAACCGCCACAACAAUGAGGCUGGGCGCCAGGCCAUCGCGAGCCACAUGCACCUCAAGUGCAAGUGCCACGGGCUGUCGGGCAGCUGCGAGGUGAAGACCUGCUGGUGGUCGCAGCCCGACUUCCGCGCCAUCGGCGACUUCCUGAAGGACAAGUACGACAGCGCCUCGGAGAUGGUGGUGGAGAAGCACCGCGAGUCGCGCGGCUGGGUGGAGACGCUGCGGCCGCGCUACACCUACUUCAAGGCGCCCACGGAGCGCGACCUGGUCUACUACGAGGCCUCGCCCAACUUCUGCGAGCCCAACCGCGAGACCGGCUCCUUCGGCACGCGCGACCGCGCCUGCAACGUGAGCUCGCCGGGCAUCGACGGCUGCGACCUGCUGUGCUGCGGCCGCGGCCACAACGCGCGCGCCGAGCGGCGCCGGGAGAAGUGCCGCUGCGUCUUCCACUGGUGCUGCUACGUGAGCUGCCAGGAGUGCGCGCGCGUCUACGACGUGCACACCUGCAAGUAGGCGGGCCCGCCGCCGGCCUCCCGACGGGGCUCCUCCCGGAUGGGGCGGGGCUCGGGCUGAGGCUUUCGGAGGAGGGCGGGGUCCCAUCUAGCGGGGAAUCCCGCCCUGCCACCUCCUCCUGGCAGCCCCCUGGUAAGCUUCCAUCCGACCCCACUCUUCUAUGUAGAGCAGCUCUCCUAACAAACAGCGGUCGAGACCCCUGUCUCCCAGCCUCUUCCUCUGAAGGCUGGGGACCAGGGGCCUCCCAGGUCCGGUGCUCUGGAAAGGCCUGACAUCUGCCCGCGCUCCCAACCAAUCCCACGGAGAGAGCCCACGCCUUGCAGAGCCCCAAGAGCCGGCUGGACCUGGGGGAAGGAGGGGCUUGGCGGCAGAGGCGAGCAGGAGGCUGGGCCCCGAAACCUGGCUCUGCCCGGGCUGUCGUGUGUGAGGCUAUCAGACAUCAGGCGCUCUUCCCCGGACUGUUACUGCUGCUGCCCAAGCCCUGGCUGGGACAGCCCACUGUGAGGCCCUUCCACCUCCCUUCUCAGGUCUUCCACCUGCACUCCAUCCACAGGAGAGGAGCACAGCCUUCUGUCCCAGCCCUACCCAGCCUCCCUCUGGGCCUCAGCACCUCCCCCGCCUUCCUCAUCAUCUGCCCAGGACUGCUGGCCUGCACCCCCCCAAACCCCUGCUCCCCCCGCCCCCCCCCCAGCUCCAUCAUCCUGCCUUGGAAGCUCACUCGGGGUAGGGUUGGGUUGUUUGGGAGGUUUUCGUAGGAGGAGUCACACCUGGGGGCUGCAGAGGACCCUCAGCCCCCAGAGGAGUGGUGUCCCCUGGCAGCCCCGGUAGUUAGGACUGACCCGUAGGGCUCCUGCUGCAGCUAUGGUGUGCCAGGCUGGCCACAUUGGCCACUGUCCUGGAGCACCUUCUGACUAAUCCACCCAGCCCAGGAAGUACUGGCUUCUGGACCCCUCAGCCAAUGCCCAGGCCAGGCCUCUUCUCACUCAGACUCUGCCACUGUGAACUCCCCCAGUCCCCAGGCAGGGGGUGGAGGCCAGCCAGAGACGGAUGGCUGCAUGCCUCCGAGGACAAGACCUUCCUCUGCCUUGAAUUUUGUGUUUUUGGUUUUAAUUUUAUUUCUGAUGCUGCUAUAUUCACCAUACACUGGAGCUGAUCAAACAGAUGUGUUGUUGUUUUUUCCCUUUUCUUUCUAUGAAAGAAAUAUUUGAGUCAUAGCUUGUGAGUUUCAAACAAUGGGGAAGUAAAAGACAAAAAAAAAAAAAACCCACAAAAAGCAGAAACAACCAAA